AAGGACAUGGGAUGCAAGAAUGUGCACACCAUGGGAAAGAACGACGCCGCUAUCAAUAACCUGUGUGCCGUGUUAGCUGCACUGGGCACCGUUGCCACUCUCUAUCAGAUGGGAUCUAUGUCGUUGGGCAUCAACAAGAAGGGCAAGGAUUAA